AUGAUUUUCUAUUCGUUCUUCAAGACACUUGUUGGCAAAGAAGUAGCUGUAGAGCUCAAGAACGACGUAGCUCUUAUGGGCGUCCUGGAUUCAGUGGAUCAACAAUAUCUUAACAUUAAACUGCUUAAUGUAUCGGUCGUGGAAGGCGACAAGUUUCCUCAGCUGAUGAACAUGAAUAAUUGCUUCAUUCGAGGAAGUUCCAUACGUUACGUACAGAUUCCUGCAGCAGAAGUGGACACGGAAUUACUACAGGAUGCAGCACGUCGUGAGGCUACUGCUAAUAAACAAAGCUAG